AUGAUUGACGAUGUUAAUUGUCGUAAAAGUUAUCCAAAAAUAAAUCCAAAUUGCGAAUGCGGUUGGUCUGGUGAAGGAUUACAAAAUAGAAUUGUAGGAGGUACAAUAACAAUUCCACAUAUAUUUCCCUGGAUAGCUGCUAUUUUUUAUAAAGGAGCUUUGCAUUGUGGCGGUGCAUUAAUUAAUGAUCGUUAUGUUUUGACUGCUGGUCAUUGCGUUAAAUGGAUCGAUCAACGAGGUUUAGAUGUUGGUCUAGGUAUGCAUGAUAUAAAAUCACUAUCUAAUGGUUACAUUAUACCAAUAGAUCGUGCAAUAUUGCAUGAAGAUUUUGAAAGUGAUUAUUUACAUGAUACUAAUGAUAUCGCGUUAUUAAAAUUAAGUCGUACAGUGCGUUACAAUGAUAAAGUACAGCCAAUUUGUUUGCCCGCACGAGGAUCCGAUUACUCGGGGCAUUUAGUUAAAGUCGCUGGCUGGGGUAGGGUUACGGUUAAUGGCGGAGCUUCAAGAUAUUUAAGACAAGCAACCCUCAAAGUAAUGCCUUAUGAAAUUUGUACGAAUACGUCAUUUGGUGACCAUUUAACAGAGUCAAUGCUGUGCGCUUAUAAUGACAAUACUGAUGCAUGUCAGGGUGAUAGUGGCGGUCCACUUUUAUUUGAAAGAUCUGACGGAAGAUAUGAAAUUUCUGGAAUUGUAUCCUGGGGAAUAGGAUGUGCGCAACCAGGUGUACCAGGUGUCUAUGUAAAAGUAACUGAUUAUUUAAUAUGGAUAAGAACUCACACUAAAGAUGCAACAUAUUGUUUAAAUAGAUAA